UUUCCUGCUUUGUAGAAUGAAUGCCAAAGUUGUACUUUCGUCGAUGUUCGGGCGUUUUUAGACAAAGAAAAUGGCGUGGAAAAGUAAAGGUUCCACUCUUUCUCCGGCCUCCUUACAUCUCCUGGUGCCUCCAGUGAGACUAAUGUCUGCCUUCAUGUGGCAGAUCGUGCAGCAGCACAAUGUGAUGCAGUAUGAUAAGCUGGUGGACUUCAUCAGUCUGGUGACUGAGAUCGUCCCGGAUCUCCUGAGUCCAGGUCAGAGAGCUCAGCUCGUCCUGAGUCUCAGAGCGAAGCUGGUUCUGGAGUUGUGUCGUGGUGAUGGCGUGGGCAGUUUGCAGAGUAUCCAGAGCCACCUGGAUAAAAUCCAUGCCUGUAGUGCUGACGUGAGCACCACUGACCAGACCACUGGUGAAAUUCUGAAGACGUCAUACACCAAUUUUGCCACAUUGGUCGAGAACAUUUUGAAUGUUCCUUUUGAAAAGGAGUACUUCUUCCAGGAAGUUUUUCCUACAAACUAUGGCUCUGACUACGACCAAAGACUGAAGCAGAUGGUGUCUCUAUUCCUGUCCAGGCUGGAACAGCUGCUGCCCAUACCAGACCUGCCACAGACAGCUGCAUGGCUCACAGAAACAACAUCUGUGUCAGAAGAUUUUGGACAACAUCUGUCAGAACCUUUUGCCCUGAAGUCCCUGCUGCUUCAUCACAGAGAUCUGGGCACACUCACCACAGCUCCAACGAGUAGUGAGGAAGAUGUCCUCUUGUCCACGCUGAUCUUCCCUCCUCAUACUGGAGUGGGGAGGUUCACUGAGGUCUACAAUGAAGGUGAUGACCAAGAUAGUGAGAAAGAUAAUCUGGCAUCGGAGGAUUUAGAAGUGGAAGAUAUAAAUUCCACCACAGCUGAUUGGUUGCCAAGAAAGAAACCAGGUCCUCUGUCACGCUUAUUCAUCUGCCCUCAGUGUGCAUUUGCUCACCGUAUAAAGAGGAAGGUGCAGGAGCACAUCCAGAGUGAGCAUCGUGCAGCACCCCCCAAUGUUAAAAAAACACUGGUAAAAAAAGCCAAAGCUCACCCGAAAAGGAAUGACUUCAUCGCUGGAAAGAAGAAGGGUGUCUCGAACCGAAAGGGGAUUUACAAACAAAAGGACUGCAUGGAAAAAAAGCGGGAACAUAAGGAGAAGAAUGACAACGUGGAAAACAAGGAACGAAGGAGACGGAAAGAGCCCGCGGGGGAGGAUAAAAGGUUUCUGAGCACACGAGCAGUAAACAAAAACUUCACAGAGGAAGAGACUAAAUGCUUGACGUGUGAAAAGAUUUUUGAACAUCCGAAUCAACUGAAGACCCACCUGAAGCUCCACACCUUCCGGCAUCACUGCAGCCAGUGUGAGAAGGGAUUCACCAGCUCAUCCGGUUAUUAUCAACACCAGCGGCUCCACAAGAAAGGACGGAUAUUCACCUGCAGUCAGUGCAACAAGGGUUUCCUGUGUAAUUACUCACUCAAGCAGCACGAGCGCCUACAUAACGGCCCCUCCAACCUGUGCACCAUCUGUGGAAAAGGCUUCUCCAAAACAGGCAUUACAAGACACAUGCAGAUGCACCGAGGAGAGAAGAAUUACCUCUGCACCACGUGUGGGAAGUCGUUUUUGUCUUCAGGAGAGCUUCUGCUCCACACUCGCUCUCACACGGGUGAGCUGCCGUACACCUGCACCCAAUGUGGGAAGGGCUUCUCCUGCAAGAGCCACCUGAGCACCCACAUACGCUCUCACACAGGGGAGCGCCCGUACCUGUGCUCCCAGUGUCAGAAGCGCUUCCUCACUCUGAACUGCCUGAAGAGACACACGCUCUGCCACAACGGGGUGAAACCGUUCAAGUGUCCAAACUGUGAGAGAGAAUUCUCCCAGCAGGGCAAUCUGAAAAGACAUUUGGCGACUCAUAAACCUGACGUGAUUUAACAUGUGAUUUUUUUUUUUACGAUGUACAAAAGAACAGUUAAAACAAUGUAGAUUAUCAUAGUGAUGGCAAAUGUCUUUAUUCAUAUGAUCCUCACCGAUGUUUAUCACUGAAAGAUGCAAUGAUUUCCAGCAUAUGGAAUAAAAAAGGUAAGUUUCUUUCCAUGUUUGCUUUGGAUUCU